GUGAGACUCCCUUCUUGCGGUCAAGUCGACUAAGAUGUAUUAGUAUUUUUUGUUCCUCCUCAGCUAGUGAAGUGUAAAAUAUCCAUUCAUUCAUUCCUUGUUUCAUUGAGCGGCUUUUCCGAGGACGAAACAAAGAUGUCAACGCUUCAGAUUACAAAUCUCCCGCCCUCUGCAGCUUCUCCCUCUGUUUCCCCUUCUUCUUUCCCGUUAUUUUUGGGUGCAACUUUGGGGCUCCCCACUAAAUUCCGCCCCUCAUUUGCUUUGACCACCGUAUACAAUAAUCGAAAGAUCGAUUCUUUGAAGAACCCUAGAUUCUCUAGAAUCAGUUGCUCUGCAGGGGGCACAGACACACAAGUAGUGGUCAAAGAGAAGAGUGUAUCUGUUAUUCUGCUUGCAGGAGGAAAGGGCAAAAGAAUGGGUGCAAGCAUGCCUAAGCAGUAUCUUCCACUUCUUGGCCAGCCGAUUGCUUUAUACAGUUUCUACACUUUCUCGAAGAUGCCCGAGGUGAAGGAAAUUAUUGUAGUAUGUGAUCCUUCAUAUCAAGACAUUUUUGAAGAUGCCAGAGACAAUAUUCACAUUGACCUGAAAUUUGCAUUGCCUGGGAAAGAGAGGCAAGAUUCUGUAUACAGUGGAUUAGAGGAAAUUGAUUUAAAUUCCGAACUAGUCUGCAUACAUGAUUCUGCAAGACCUCUUGUGUUAACUUCAGAUGUCACAAAGGUUCUGAAGGAUGGCAAGCGAAUUGGGGCAGCUGUGUUGGGUGUUCCUGCUAAGGCUACAAUCAAGGAGGCAAAUAGUGAGUCUUUUGUGGUAAAAACACUGGACAGGAAGACGCUAUGGGAAAUGCAAACCCCACAGGUUAUCGAGCCAGACUUGCUUAAGAAAGGUUUCGAAUAUGUCAAUAGAGAAGGUCUCGAAGUUACCGAUGACGUCUCGAUAGUGGAGCACCUUAAACAUCCGGUGUACAUUACUGAGGGAUCUUACACCAACAUCAAGGUUACGACCCCAGACGAUUUAUUGCUUGCUGAGAGAAUAUUGAACCCUGAAGAUUAAGAUUCUUACGGUGAUUCCUUCGUUGGAGGUUAAAUCAUUUUUUUGCUAUGUCAAUGCUCUUGAGGUCAUUACUAAUAAAUGCUACACAUCUUGUUGUAAGGACAAUCGUCGGUCGCAAUUUUGGAAGAAUAAAAAUAUGCAUAUAAUUCAGUAGGGUGAAUUAUAUAUAGUAUCA